AUGUUUCAAGGCCUGGCCACCUCUACCCCAACCCGACUGGAUCUGGAGUUCCGUCGGAGUAAUCACUCUCGGCAAGCCGAGUUCGAGUUCCGUGCCAAGGCAGGUACCAGUAUCACUUGGCAUCUGAGAUCCAACCGCCAGAGUGUCGCCACUCCUACGAGCCAGCCUCUCAUGGGAAGUUGUUCUCUCAUUGGAGCAGAGCUCACGUUGGUUCUUGGUCACAGCCAUCCAGAUCCUGGUACGCAUGGCCCAUGA